AUGGAGAUUGAAGCCGCAACAGUUGCGCAGCACAACAAGCCGGAGGACUGCUGGAUUACCGUUCACGGAAAAGUUUACGACGUAACAAAAUAUUUGCAAGACCACCCUGGCGGCGCCGACGUCCUGGCAGAGGCAGCAGGCACAGAUGCCACCCACGAGUUUGACAAUGCCGGGCAUUCAGAAGAUGCGUGGGACAUCAUGCAGCCAUUUCUAGUCGGAAACCUCCAAGGCUAUCAGGAAAAGAAGCAGAAGCCGAGGCCGAGGCCGAUAAUGAGCCAACCACCGAGUCCGAAGCAAACACCAUCCACCAAAGGCCAGUCUCUGGCUACACUGGCCACCCUGGGUCUUUUUUCACUGUCAAUCGCUGCAAUCUACUACCUGAGUAGACACCGCCGGCCUUUCUUUCCCAAAUCCCUCGUUUCAUGGCUGCACAGCAAACCCGAAAACCAGGGCGGCUUCAGCUUCAUAAAGGGCCUCUUCAUCAGCAGCAGCAUCUUUGCCGUCGGCAACGCGAUUCUCGCCCAGCGCCUGGCCAAGCUCAUCUGGGGCACCAAGUCCUUCACCAGCUACCCGGCUCACAUAAAAGCCCCCCAGCGCAUCCGGAAAAACACCCUCCUGCAGCAUGGCCUCCUGGAUCCCUCCCAAUACCGCCCGCUCCCCCUACACGCCAAGACGCUGGUAGCGCCCAACGUCUACAAGCUCACCUUUGCUCUUCCCACCGCCGACACCGUGCUCGGCCUCCCGAUCGGCCAGCACGUCGCUAUCAAGGCUGACGUCGGGGGCGAGAGCGUCUCGCGCUCCUACACGCCCGUGUCGAACAACUCGGACCGCGGGGUGCUCGAGCUCGUCGUCAAGGUCUACCCCGACGGCAAGCUGACGAGCGGCUUCCUGGGCAAGCUCCGCGUCGGCGAGGGGGUUGUCUUCCGGGGGCCCAAGGGCGCGAUGCGGUAUCGGCGCGGGCUCUGCGGGGAGAUUGGCAUGGUGGCGGGCGGGACGGGCAUCACGCCCAUGUUUCAGAUUAUUCGGGCGGUUUGCGAGGACGACCGGGAUCUGACGCGCAUCAGUCUUGUGUACGCGAACCGGAGGGAGGAGGAUAUCCUGCUCCGUGAGGAGCUGGACCGUUUUGCGAGGCGGUAUCCUGAUAACUUGACGGUUUAUUAUAUGCUGGAUCAGCCGCCUGUUGACUGGACGUAUGGAAGGGGGUAUGUUACGAAGGAAUUGAUGCGGGAGAAGUUGCCGGCGCCGAGUGCUGAUAGCAGGAUAAUGCUGUGUGGGCCCCCGGGCAUGGUUCAGGCCAGCAAAUCGUCGCUGGUGGCGUUGGGCUUUGAACAGCCGGGGGCGAUGGCUAAGAUGACGGACCAAAUCUUUUUAUUUUGA